AUGAGUUUCGACUGGGAAAGCCAAGCCCAAAAGGGCAGAGACAUCCUGACCAACUCCAUUCCGAAGCAAUGGCUUGUUCCCGCUGACAGACUGCCACCAGCCUCGCAGAAGAGCGUGGUUGAAUUCCCGAGGGAAAGUGGCUUGCUUUCCACACGCGAACUUCAGAUUACAGAUAUGACUGCUACGGUAUUGGUAGCUGAGAUGGGGAAGGGAGCAUUGACGGCGGAAGAUGUCGUUACUGCUUUCUUGAAGCGAGCUGUUAUAGGUCAUCAAUUGCUCAAUUUUGCAACCGAGUUCCUCGCCGAGGAGGCAAUCUCCCGUGCUAAAGAGCUCGAUGAGUACUACCGACGCACAGGGAGACUCGUUGGCCCCUUGCACGGUGUUCCGAUCAGUGUGAAAGAGCAUCUGUCUAUGAAGAACCGAACAUGUAACACGGGAUAUGUAGCUUGGACCGACAAAGUCUACACGGAAGAUGCACUUCUCCUUCAACUCCUAUCCAAAGCUGGCGCAGUAUUCCACGUCAGAACCAACCAACCCCAAUCACUCAUGCACUUGUGCUGCAGUAACAACAUCACCGGCACGACUGUGAACCCACAUAACCGCACUUUAACUCCAGGAGGAUCAUCCGGCGGCGAAGGUGCCUCAAUGGGAUUCCGCUGUGCACCACUCGGCAUCGGCACCGAUAUUGGCGGAUCGAUUCGCUGUCCGGCAGCGUUCUGCGGCGCCUAUGGAUUCCGUCCUUCCUCACUGCGAAACCCGGCAACAGGGAUCAAAGUGGCUUCAUCUGGACAGGAGAAUAUCCGCGGUGUCGUGGGACCGAUGUCCAGUCGCUCGAUUGAAGAUCUGGAGCUGUUCCAACGAGCUGUUUUGGAUCAGGAACCGUGGGAUGUGGAGACAUCAUUGAUGCCUCUCCCUUGGAAGAAUGUUGCUCCAACGCGAAAUAUGACUGUGGCGAUUAUGUGGGACGAUGGCUGUGUACACCCUCAUCCUCCAAUCACCCGUGCCUUGCGAUUUGCCAGGGAUCGACUCGUUGCUGCGGGCAUCAAAGUCGUGGACUGGGAGCCGUAUAAGCACCAACAUGGAUGGGAGGUCAUCUCCGCCCUGUACUACCCCGACGCAGGCGUAAAGCAACGUGAACUCCUCGCCCAAUCUGGCGAGCCUGCUCGCCCUCUCACGGAAUGGGCGUUGUCGUAUAGUAGAAGCAAGCCCCUCACCCAGGCAGAAACCUGGAAUCUGCAAGAACAGCGGGAAAUAUAUCGGGAUGAAUAUUGUGGUAUCAUGAAGAGUCGUGGUGUUGACUUCAUUCUGUCGCCGAAUUAUCCUGGAGUCGCUGCUGUGAUGGGUGAGUCUCAGUAUUGGAAUUAUACCGCGAUCUGGAAUAUUGUGGAUCUUCCUUCUGCGACUUUCCCGUCGGGUCUCACUGUUGAUUCCAAGUUGGAUGUCUUAACUGAGAAUGACAAGAGGUAUGUUCCUAGGGAUGAUGUGGAUGAGCGCGAGUGGCGCAAGUAUCAGGGUCCAGAGCGAUAUGAAGGUGCACCGAUCGGGCUGCAGAUUGCCGGGAGGCGAUUCAAGGACGAGGAGACUUUGGCGGCUGCUAAAGUAGUUGAGGAGAUCAUUGGUGGUCAGUUGAACUCGAAGCUUUGA